AUGGGUUUCGGUACGUGCAUUCGCAGCAGAUUUGUAUCCAUAUGUAUACGGUUCUUCCGGUGGCUUCCGGUUGUCUUCAUCGUCGCCGUUGUCGCAUGGUCAUACUACGCUUACGUUAUCGAAUUAUGCAUCUGUAAGUCAUUCAGUGUCAUUUCCUGUAUACAGUGGUUCUCAUGUGCUCAGUGUUUUGUAGGUACCGUUACUUCGGACGCCGAAAGAAUUGCCUACUCGAUUGUAUAUCAUGCCAUCUUAAUCAUGUUCCUGUGGUCGUACUGGCAGACGGUGUUCACUCCUCUAGGCGUUCCUCCGAAGCACUACCACAUUCAGCUGUCGACGUGCAAGCAGUUGCGACAGGCGCAGCCACAGGAGCAACAACAGAUUCUGCGACCUGUUGUCAAGCACCUUCAGCUCUAUUGCCGAACUCAUGACGGCGGAAUUAGGAUUUGUGAAAAAUGCUUACUCAUCAAACCAGACAGGGCUCAUCAUUGUUCCGUUUGCGGCCUGUGCGUUCUUAAAAUGGACCACCACUGUCCUUGGGUGAAUACGUGCGUUCAUUACCGCAACUACAAGUUUUUCUUACUUUUCCUUGGAUACUCAUGGCUGUUUUGCUUCUUCAUAUUCUUCACUGUCAUCAAAUACUUCAUAUGGUUUUGGACGGUAAGUCAGCCUGUAUAUUUGCACGAAACUUUUUCUGUUAAAUAUUAUCUUUGAUU